AUGUUGUCGAGAAUUGGGAAAUAAUAUCAUUUUCGUCAAAUAACAAGAUUGAAACAAACAAAAAGAAGCCAUAUUGAGUACUUUAACAAGCCAAUCAUAGAGGUAAAAAUUAUGAAUUUACUUAGGGUCAAUAUGGCGUAGUUCCAGCCAGGGCAGUACCUUCACAUAUUCAAAAACCAAGCUAUCUAAGUAUGAGAACAAUUGAGUUUAAUAGGUGAGACCAAGCCUGUUUACGGGAUAUAUGAAGGAGCUCCUGUGGUUCAUAAUUAAGAUAUGAUCCAAAGUAAAAAACACGAUUUAAAAAUAGAAUUGAAAAAGGCAGCAUAAAUUGCAGCAUAAACUGCCCAUGUGGCAUAAAAAUCGGUGAAAUAGGGAAUGACAACAGAUGAUUUGGAUAAGAUAGUUCAUGAAUUUAUAAUUUCCUAAAAUGCAUAUCCUUCGCCAAUAGGAUUCAAGGGUUUUCCUAAGAGUGUUUGCACAUCAGUAAAUGAAGUGUGUUGUCAUGGAAUACCGAAUCUUAGACCUUUGGAUUUUGGGGAUUCCUUAAAUAUUGAUGUGACUAUAUUUUAUGAUGGAGUGCAUGGAGAUACUAGUGUUAUGGCAUAGGUUCCUGAAAUGAAUCCAAAAAUUACUAAAUUAAUUAAUACAACUUAAAAAGUAAUAAAUUAUUUGCACAAAUAGAAUAGGCUCUUUAUGAAGCGAUUAAAAUUUGUAAGCCAGGAGAGAAGUUCAGUAAAAUUGGAGAUAUCGUUGAAGAAGUAGCUGCAGAUGAAGGUUUCACAGUUUGUGAAUUAUUUACAGGACAUGGCAUAGGUGAAUUGAUGCAUAUGCCUCCAAUGAUAAUCCAUAAUUGUAAUUUAAUAUUGAAUACAUAUAUGUAGUCAAUGAUUAUCCAGGAGUGAUGGUUCCAGGGAAUGUAUUUACGAUUGAACCUGUUCUCUUGAUGCGUCAUGAUUAAUAUUCAAUGUGGAAGGAUAAUUUUACUGUUGUGUCUCCAGAUAAUCCUAGUGGUAUUGCAAACUUUGUAUAGCGUAGCUCAAUGGGAACACAUGGUUUUAAUAACGGAAAAGGGGUAUGAGGUUUUGACAAAGAGAGAGGAUGAGACUGGUAUAUGA